UUUGUUGUGCUUCUUGGAGGUAAAGGCGGGAAAAGUGUGGCAAACAGCUUGCAGCAACGUCUGGACCUGUUUUUGAAUUUGCUCCCAAGAAUAGAACAAAACCUCGUAGCAGACAUGUGGACGCCGGAGAUGCGGAGCGCAGCUGCGGAGGCAGCAAGAGAGGCGCUGGAGGGCUUUGAUCCUAUCAGGACAGUGGCGGCGUUAGCGGUGUGCUACGCGGUGCUAAAGCUGGUGCACCUUGUCGUGACAGCCCCGGCGAUCCCAACAUCGGUGUGGGUGCCCCUUGAACCAGCUGAAUCUGCGGCGGAAUGCCUCUCGGGACCGUCUUGCAAAGGGAUGCAACUCGAGGAUCCUGAGCGGCCAGGCUUUAUCCAGUGCUUCGACCCUUGCACCCUCCAGCGCUUGGGGGAGGUUACGGCCAUGGAUGCGGCUGAUGUGGAAGAUGUAGUACGACGUGCACGCGUUGCCCAGGAGGAGUGGGCUCUGACGACCUUUGCUGAGAGAAAGCGGGUUCUCGCAUGCCUGCAGAGGUACAUUCUUGACAACCAAGACGACAUUGCCAGAGUGGCGUCGAGGGAUUCGGGAAAGCCAGUGGUGGACGCAUUGCUGGCGGAAGUGAUGAUCACUUGCGAGAAGAUCAGGUGCAUUUCCAGCAACGGGGAGGGGUGGCUUGCCAGGGAGACCAGACCCACGGGCCCCUUGGUUUUUUACAAGAAGGCGUACGUCGAGUACAUGCCCUUGGGUGUGAUCGGGGUCAUCGCACCUUGGAACUACCCCUUCCAUAACGUUUACAACCACAUCGUCUCCGGGAUUUUCGCGGGCAACGCUGUCGUCUCCAAGGUCUCCGAGUACACGUGCUGGUCUAGCAGGUACUUUACGGCGAUCAUGGCCGAGGUGCUGAAGGCGUGCGGACACAACCCGGACCUUUGCCUUACCGUUACCGGCUUCGGGGAUGCCGGGGCGGCUCUGGUGGCCUCGCCCAACGUGGACAAGAUUAUCUUCACCGGAUCUCCUGAGGUCGGCCGGAAGGUGAUGGAGGGCUGCUGCAAGACCCUUAAGCCCGUGGUGCUCGAGCUUGGUGGCAAGGACCCGUUCGUUGUGUGCGACGACGUGGACAUGGAGCGCGUGAUGCCGUUCGUCAUGAAGGGCUCGUUCUUCAACGCCGGUCAGAACUGCAUCGGCGUGGAGAGGGUCUACGUGUACGAGAAGGUGUACGAUCGUUUUGUGGCGAGGGUCACCGAGCUUGCGUCAAAGCUCCGCCAGGGGCCGGUGCUGGGGCCAGAAUCGGUCGACUGCGGGGCGAUGGUCAUGCCCGCCCAGCUGGACAUCGUGCAGGAUCUGGUGAACGAUGCGGUGUCUAAAGGAGCCAAGGUCACCACAGGCGGCUCGAGGAAUAUGGAACACCCGAACGGUCUCUUCUACCUCCCGACGGUUCUGGCGGGAGUGACUCCGGACAUGAAGAUUGCUCAGGAGGAGGUGUUCGGUCCUGUGAUGUCGAUCAUUAAGGUGCCCGGCGACAGCGAUGAGGCAUGCAUCAAGAUGAUCAACUCCAGCAAGUACGGUCUGGCGAGCUCUGUGUUCUCCGGUAGCAGCACUCGCGCGGUGAGGUUGGGGGAGGCCAUUCGCUGCGGUAUGACGAAUGUCAACGACUUCGGCGUCAACUACCUGGUUCAGUCUCUGCCUUUCGGAGGCGUGAAGGACUCGGGUUACGGGAGAUUCGCGGGGCCGGAGGGUCUCCGCGCGUGCUGCCUUCUCAAGUCCGUCACGGUCGACCGCUUCCCCAAGAUAAUGGGCACCGUCGUGCCUGCUCCUCUACAGUAUCCUGUGGCUAAGUCUGGCGCAAGAUUUGCCGCGAGCAUGACCCGGAUGUUUUAUUGCGACUCCCUUGCGGACAAGCUGUGGGCGGUGGUCCAGUUAGUCCGAGCUUCCGUUGGGCGCUAGCUAGCUAUCGAUAAUUCGUGCUUGUACAUCGUUUAGCCAGCUGUUCGGGUCGUGCUGAUGGUGCUCCCUAUGGAUGAAAGACGAGGAAAGUCUGGUUCUGUUUGGGGAAUUGUAUUGCCUUGGAGCCACAUGUGUUCAUGGGGGGGCUCUGGGACCCUUGCUUGACAGCGAUUUUGUUGCGUCUUGCUGACCGUGUUGUAGUGUGAUUCUAUCCGCUGAGUAACGAUCAGUCCGUUUUUCUUCUUGUUGUGUACGAAGUGCUUUUAAGCUGUUUGGCAGCCUGUGACGACCAUGUCUCACUUUGUAUGCAUUGCCUGCGGUGAUAUAUUUUUUUAGUGAGUGACCCGUUCCGCGUGGCGGCUUGUUUUGUGGCCACCCUCUUGUGGACUGUCACAGUUCACCGGGAGCGAUGUGAUUUAACCGCAGCCACUAGCGCUGAAAACCUUAUCUUGGCCGAGACCUGUCAUCAUGCAUAAGUGCAUAAGAUUACAUACAUGUAGGGUUGCUCUGUGGAUGUUCAGUAGGUUUCGCCAGCUUGCUUUGCGCGGGGCAUGUACGUUCUUAGUUGUGCGGACCCGUCGAUCGUCUUAUUUUGUGUUUUUCCGUUUUUUUCGCCGCUUAUACAGAAGAACGCCUGCGCCAGGCUUUCAACAGUGAACCAAGCGGGCAUUCCAUUGUGUCAUAUGCAUAUAUCGUGCCCCAAGUGUCCCCCAAACAAAACUUUAGUGUCAAGUUGCAUCAGAGGUCAACUCCAAUGCUUGGACCGUCUUGCGCCGGGUGUGUAUCUCUUCACGGCUUGACUAAAAUACCUACAAGUAGGAUUGCAACGCGUUCCAUUCCCUUGGUAGUGAGCAGCACGCGCCCACCGUCUCCUCAGCAACAUC